CAAAAUAUCCUCCUUUCAGUCUCCAAGCUCUCUGCGAACCUCACGGGUUUAAUCUUUGCCGAAUAGAAAAAAAAUGAUAAAGAGGAGAUUUUACAAGCUUGAGCAUGGUGAUAAAGACAGUGGAUCCGACUCAUCUUGCUUCUCUUCUGAUUCUGAUCCUGAGUCAGAAGAAUCGGAGGAGUCAGAAUCCGAAGACGCCGUUGAAGAAGUUUCCGAGGACGAUGAUGAUUCCGUCUCUGAGCGUGAAGGAGGAGAUGAAUCCCCAGCUGCUGAUGUUGAUGAGGAUGAUGAUGACUCUGAUGGUUAUGGCUAUGGAAGGAGAUUGGAGGAGACAUCUAUUAAUCGUAAAUUUGAGUUAGAAGAGCCACCUGAGGAGGUAGAAGAGAACUAUAUCUUAGGCUGUAUGAUUAAGUGCAAAUCGGUUUACAAAUGCAGAUAUUGUCCAAAGACCAUUUGUUUGAAUGAGAAAUCAAUGCAGGAACAUGUUUCUUCAAAGAAGCACGCUCGUUCUGAGAGAUUACUGAAAGGAGAAAAGCUCAGAACCGAUGAUGAAGAAGUCGAUGAUCCAGAGACUCCAUCUCAGGAGAAGCAGAACAAAGGAAACCGAGGAUCAAGGAGAAAGGGUAAGAGAGCACUGAAAGGAGAAAAGCUCAGAACCAAUGAUGAAGAAGUCGAUGAUGCAGAGCUGCCAUCUCAGGAGAAGCAGAACAAAGGAAAUAGAGGAUCACGGAAACAGGAUAAGAGAUCACUGAAAGAAGGAAAGCUCAGAACCAAUGACAACAAAGUUGAUGAUCCAGAAACGCCAUCUCAGGAGAAGCAGUUGAAGGGAAACAGAAAAUCACGAAGACAGGGUAUACAAAAACAGGAAAAGAUGAACAUCCAAGGUUCAUCGACCACAGACGUUGAAAAAGCAGAUGCGACGCAAAAACAUAAAAAGAAAAGGCGUCAAACUACGGAUUGAAACCAGUGUAUUUCUCGCAAUAUGAGAGGCCUGAAAGAUUAAUCUUUUUUCACUUUGAAAUCGAUGGACAGAUGAGAAAACAUAGGAGGGAGAGUGGAGUGGUUUUGAGUCAGAUUAUGUGCUUUUUUAACUUGAGUUACGUCUACAAAAAUGGUUCUUGUAACUGAUAUAUGAUUUUGAUUAUAAUUGUGAUUUGAGGUAUACAAUUCUUGUGUUUCUGUUUUGUG